CGCCUGGUUGAUAAUAUGGUCGAAGUUGUGCGAAACAACUUCGAGGAUGUUUUUCCUGAGAUCAAGGAAGCUAUCGAAGAGAGUGCCUUCGUGGGUAUGUGAGAUUUUGUUAUAGAAACCUAAACUGCUGAUGACGGUCGUUCCCGAUCCUAAAAAGACCUGGUGAAAACUAGGAAAUUCAGACCUCUCUUCUGCUUCACCUUCCCUUCUACUUCUAGCCUGCGAAGCGCAGACGCAUUUCCGGUCGUCGCUUCUCUCCCUCCGAAAAAUAGCUAUUUUUUCGGAGGGAGAGAAGCGACCAUCGGAAAUGCGUCUGCGCUUCGCAGGCUAUUCUACUUCGUGACACUAGAAAAUUCAGUGAGGAAGGAGAAAGACCUGUUUUGAAACAUGCCUUUGUUGAUUUGAUCAUUCAGGUUUGACCACCAAACUGAGACAACUGCUGUCUAUAGGUACACCCCAUGUCUUACCCAGGAGUUACCCCCGGGGAGAUAUUUUAUUCACGGUCACUGACUAAUAGGACUUGGGUGGGAUUUGUCAAUAGAGGAGUCCUUCACCAGCAUCUUUUGAGCAAGUCCCCUUUCCCCAACCCUCAGCUUUUGAAAUUAUGCUACAUGUUAUAAUAAUAAUGAUAGUAAUAUUAAUAAUGACUGGCAUUUUCCAGAUCUUUGUAAUAGUUUUUUUUUUUAAUGAUGGCAUGACCUCUGCAGUGGCAGAUCCAGGGGAGGGGCACGGGGAGCCCGCACCCCCCCCCCUCCUUAUUUUUAGACCAAAACUGAGACCCGAACACAGGAAAAAAUGACCGAUUCCCAUUCUUGGAUAUUUUAGGGAAUUUAAAGAAUACCCACAAAAAUCCCAAAUUUGGAAGAGUGAGACAAGUCCCAAUCAGGGAACUUGGUUGGGAAUUCCCUGGUUGGGACUUGUCUCACUUUGCCAAAUUUGGGAUUUUUAUGGGUAUUGUUUAAAUACCCCAAAAUAUCCAAAAAUGGGAAUCCGUUAUUUUUUCCUGUGGAAGUGCCAAAAAAAUUUUUGAAGGUCUGGAUGACCUCCCCGCAAACCCCCCCCAGCCCCCUUAUCUCAAGGUCUGGAUCGGGCACUGCUCUGGUCACUGCUAGUAAGAAAUCCUCAUGUGAAUUUCAUAAUAAAAGUUUAUCGGUAAAUUAGUUAUUCAACUUAAUGUUUGCAAAAGGGGAAGGGGGCUACACAUGCAUGUAAGACCCCCAGCCAUGCCCAGAGCUGUUGUACCCAGAGACCAUCUUCAAAGACGGUAUAUGUACGCUUACGUAAUUAUAAGUGAACCAAAUGAUAUAUUUUCUUUUAAUAUGAUUUUAUUUGCAGCUAUUGAUGCAGAAUUUACUGGUCUCCAUACAACUGAUGGCUCUCAGCCAAGGUAUCAUAUUAUGAAUAUUAACCCCUCUUUGUGCAUUUCCAGUAGGGAAAAUGUAAAACACAGCAUUUGGGGUAGCAAGUGGACCAAAAAAGGGGGAAAGGGCGGGAUUUAGAAGCAAUGUAAGAUUAUGGAAGCCAGGGUGGCGCAGUGGUGAGAGCACUUGCCUCCCACCAAUGUUUUGUGGGUUCAAAUCCCGACAUCUACACCAUAUGUGGGCUGAGUUUGUUGUUGGUUCUUUCCUUUGCUCCAAGAGGUUUUUCUCUGGGUUCUUCAGUUUUCCCCUUCCCUGUAUGCUUCCAAAUUUGAAUUUUAUCUGGAAUGCACUGACAUAUGCAAAACAGUUCUUACAUGUAAUAGUCCUGGGGCCAAUUUCAUAGAACUUUUACUUAAGUGUAAUUUACAAGUGUGCCCAUUGUUUUAGUGUCUAGAAACAAGAGCUACACUUGUAAUAUUAUAGUUAUAUUAAAUUGACCCCUGUUCCAUCCCCACUUGUGUAAGAAUACAUGAUAGUUUUUCUAUUUUAUCCUUCCCAAGGUUAAUUAGCCAGAAGGGUGUCCAGCUGUCCUAUGGAUGCCCAUUUUUGGAAGAAAUACAAGGAAAAUUCACUUAAUCUCUUAUAAUUUUAUGGAAAAACAUGCCCUCUGGGCGGUCAGUUUUCAAUAUCUGGCUAGAAGCCUGACCCUUCCUGUAUUGCCUAAAGUGAACUGCAAUUUUAUAUUGAAGUGGCUAUUUUACAGUAUGUUCACAUUACGCUUCUGUCUGUAACUCGAUUAUUAUUCUCUCCAGCUUUUUUGAUGAUCCUGAAACAAGAUACAAAAAAUUGAAGAGAACUGCAUCCCAGUUUCUGAUCAGCCAGUAUGGUGAGUUCUAGACACUUUUCUUGAAUUAAUUUUUUGCCUGUGUGCAGAUGUCUCCUAUUUCCUUUGUUGCACGUGGAAAAGGAACAUGUCGUGCAACAGGAGAAGUCUGCACGCAGUCAACUUGAAUUUAUGACUUUAAUACAGUAAUAUUAUAGAUUCUUUUAAUUGAGUAUGAGCACCUACAUGGUAAUGGAAUGCCAAAUUUGUAAAUUCACUGGCCUGUUGCAGGCAUUUAAGGCCAUUUAUCAGUAGUUAAUAGGCUAGAUGGAAAAAAGAUGAAGAGUGGACCAAAGAAAACAGAUGCAAGUAUGAGAGGGUUCCCUUACUUGCAUUUUUUCUAGCCUUAUUUAAUAGCCCAUUCCACCAUACCACCAUAAACGGAAUGUUUUUGGACCAAAUUCUGCCUGCAAAUUUGGUCAUUUUUUUUUUCACAGCAUUGCCAAUGUUCAAGCAAAUUACUAUAAUAGAUAGUUACUGAUAAAGUAAUUAUCUGCUUGACCUGCUUUAGGUUAAUGGGCUAGUGCUCAAAAUGUCACCUUUGUGAAUUAAGGGUUUCUACCGUGAUAACUUGUUUUUAUUGUCAAACCAAUAAAACUGUGAACACCUGUUCAAAGAAUGAUUUUUGAUUGACCAAUCACAGCAAAGAUCAGGACUUGUGAGCAAACUACAAAACCACAAACUAAUAAUAUUAUUACCUUAAAUAUCAUUUUUUUGUAAUUACAGGAUUGACAGCUUUUGUCCCAUCCAAAGAAGAUUCUAACAAGUAUGUUCCCUGCAAAUGUUUUUGGUGUGGAUGUUUUUUGCAGCUUUAUCAUGCCCAUGUAGUAGAAGAAAUUUUGAUGACCAUUAAUAUGUUACCUUGUUAAAUAAAGAAUAUUUUUACACUGUAUGUAAUUUGCAUGUAUUGGAGGUUUGGGUGGUUUGAAUGGUUCUCCACGGGACAAAAAGUUGGCUUUGAUUACCCUUGAUUUGCAUUAAUGCCAUAGCAAGAUUCCAGUGCAACAGACAGGGAAGCCUUAUGUUUUGCACAUCCAAAAAAUGAUACCUUGAACAUGCCUCGAAGGUACCCUUUGCUACCAACUGGAACUCAGUUCACUCAGUUUCCCAACACUAAUCUCUAAAAUUCAGAGUCAUUCAGUAUUUGGUGGCUUUUCAGGGUUCUACAAAAUACCCUUCCUAACUUGUGCUGUGAUAGAAAGUUGUAUCACAUUCAAACGAAAGGCAAAGAUCACCUUUACUACCGGACCUGUAGCUGAGACCAUAUUAAAGUGUAUGCAUUGGUGUGCUGGGUUGGAAUUUUAUUUUUGUGCAAUUACAUAUGCUGAGAGAGGACCAAGGGAUCUAACGCUCUCGCUGUUUUUUAUUUCUUUUUCGGUUCAUUCUUUCUUUUUUUUACAGGUAUGUGGCCCAUGCAUACAACAUCUUUUUAUAUCCACACUCCUUUGGACCUACAGAUUGCAGAUUCCUUUGUCAGGUACCGAACAAGUCAGUCAGAGUUAGUUAGUUGGCAGCUUUAUAUUUCACCUUCUAUUUUUAAAUUUUGAUUUUCAACACCGUUAAACAAUAAAUAUUAAAUGCAGUACCUUUUUUCAUCCCAACUUUUAUAGGCAUCAAGUCUGGAAUUUUUAUGUCAACACAAUUUUGACUUUAAUAAGGUGCGAGCAGAUAAAAUUUAAAACUACUGGACAGGUUCUAUAGCAUGCCUGAGACCUUUCAUAGCAACUUCUAUUCUUUAAAUCAUUAAUAUGUAUGGUUCCUUAUUUCAUGAUCCCUGUAUUGGGCCAAACUCUAAAAACAAAUCUGAGCAAACUCUUGACUCUCCAAAAAAUAGUUCUGCAUCUAAUUAUUGAUUUAUAGAUACAAUAGAGAAUGCUGUCAUAUUUUUUAAAAAAAACUGAAUUAUUUGUUGUGUGCUGAUUGGCUAGUUUUUAUGAUCAAUAAGAGGAAAGACAUAUACUAAGACAUAUAUAGAUGUGGUCAUUUGCCAAAUGAAUGCCAAACUUCAACGUUUUUCUUUAGUUUAGUUUUCAUAGAAGAGUCACUUUCUGCCUACUAAAAAAAUAGACAGAUAGCUCUGAUGUAAGACUUGCAUCCUGUUUGGAUUCCCUUCAACCAUACGAUGCUUCGACUUGUUCUUUUUUUUGAAUGACUCCAAAAUCUGUCCUUGGAAUAAUUAACCUUGUGCUAGUUCACAACUUUAUACUACCUCCCAAAAUGCCUCCAUUUUUCGAGACAAUAAACACUGCUGAUCUCAUUCUUGUUCUGAAGUUUGGAAAACAAUAAACUCCUAACUUAUGCAGGACAAUGGCAUGACUCAGCCUGUCAAAUAUUUAGCCGAUGACACUGCGUUACUUGUCUUCAAUAGCCAAUCACCAGGCGAGAAAACUUAUUGACAAUAACAUUGUGAGUAGUUUUUAAAAAGUUAUAAAUUUUGUUGUGUCUUUUUCAUUUUUACCAGCAAAUUGACUUUUUCAAGCUUUUGUCAUUGUAAAAAACAAACUGGCGCCAGUUGACGCCUGCAGUUGGUGGAUCCACAGCACUUUGACAACGUUACGGCAUCAUUUUAUCUUCAAGUAAAUGAGAGGAGAGACACAUAAAAAACCUGGUGUCAAUUUGUUAAAUUCACAUGUGCUGAUAUUCUUCCUGUAAAUAUGCUUUUGCAUAAAUCUAAAUCUAUCCUAAUACAUGAUUGACACAGUGAAUAUUGAUUGAUUAUUGACUUGAAUAUAAAUUUUCUAUACAUUUAUAAAAAAAAUAGUAAAUUUUAUUUGCAGUUCAUAUACAAUGGAGUUCCAUAUUUAAAUGAUGAUCAGGUAUGCUAGAAAAAUUCAGUGGAUAUUAGACAUAAUUAUGUGAAUUAUAGGAUGGCCUUUGCCAGAGUGUGAAAUCUACUGCAUGUAAGCUUGUCACCAUGCCAAAAUACACCGGACCACAAAAAAAAACAAAACAAACUAGACAAUAAAAUGAAUGCUAGUAGGUACAAGAAAAGUUUUUAUUUAGUCUGAAAGUACAUGUACAUGUUUGGUACGUGUAUGUUCCUUCCUCAUAAUAAAGGUUGCUUUUCUCUGUGUUCUUUCCACAUGUUGAUAAGAUACAAUGCAACAUUUUCCAUUCUAUCUUCAAAUAAAAAUUAGAUUAUUAACACAUUCACACCUCAACUGCUCAUAUGUACAUGUGUAAUAUUAUGUUAUAAAGAAAAAAAAUGGGGAAAAAAAUUAAAGAGUCAGGGAGGAGAGUAAGGCAAAGGUAAAAGAGGAGGUGGCAGUGAAAACUUUUUGUCUAAAAAUUGUCUAAAAAUUUCUUCUUUGAUGGGAAAUUUCUGUGGAUACCAAAACUGCAAAUGCUGUAAUAUAGCAUCAGGUCUAAAGCCAGUGUAUUUCUCAUCUUGUAAACAACGAUUUAGGUAGUUUUGCUUUUUGGCCAGCUUGGCUUGACUAGUUUCAGAAAGCUUUCUUUAGCAAAAUGGUUAGAGGUGACUGUGUUAAACAACCAAAGUACCAGGAAAAGUUCGUCACUUGAGUAGAAUAAGUUGAUACUGAAUAAGCCAUUAAGUUUAAAAUUUGUGAUUUUAUUUUGAUUCAGGCUACUGUGCUCCAAAAAUAUCACACAAAUGGUAAUUUAUAUUCAAGCUUCCGGUCAACUACUUCAGGGUAAAGUACAUAAACGUUUUUAACAUUUUUUGAGCUUGUUGCUUGAAUGUUCUUACAUGUAAGUAGAAACAAUUGCCAGAAAUGUGUGUGUGCUCAUACAUAGCAAUUCAUUGCAAGGGAGUUUAGUUUCCAAGGUAUGUAGUUUUUGGCUUUGUUUUGUCUUUGAUCUCAUUACAGGAUUAAAGAUGAAGAUGUUCUAGACAGUUGCUGUGUCAGGCUGGAAGAGUGGCUUUUAACAGCAAUAGAUGAUGAUGUAAUGGAAUUAAUCCUUGGCAGCUGUAAGGUUUCACUGCAAGUUUUUAUACUGACGGUAGCACUAUCUUACUAUUUACUUUGGCCAUUAGCCCCUUCAGGAGCGUAGGCUAAUGACACGGUUCCACCCCUGUACUUGAACAAGGACGUGACAAAAGUUCUGUCCAUGGCCUGGGCUACUGGAGUGACUUGUAGGGUUAGCAUAUCACAUGUGAAUUGACAUAAGAACGGGUAGUAACUGUUAGUGAAAAUGCGUGACUGAUCUGGGCUAGUAUAAACUUGAACAGCAGCUUGCCCAACAAGUGAUUCUUUAAGUUUUCAACUUACCCUGUCAAAUCUGGGCAGUCUUCUCCCAAUCACUUCAGGAGCAACUGCUUCUCUGCAUUUUUGCCUGGGUUUCCCGCUUUCCCUACACCAGUUGUUCCUGGACCAAUAUUUUACAGUGAAUGAUUGAUUUCCAGAUCAAGCUCAGUAUCUUUUUAUUGAGGAAGUUAAAAGAAGAUAUACAGAUGUCAAGUGCCUUGUCAAGAAUCACUUUAAGGUAGUACUAUGCCAGUAGCUACAUUUAACAAACAGCAAUACUGUAUCAAAUGAAGUUGUUUUAGUAAAAUGUGUCUAUGGUAUUUACUUUAUGAGAUAUACUGUAAGCAUUUUAGGUAUUCCAUUCUUAGGUUAAACUGGUAUUCAGCCUCUAUUAGGGUUAGCUUUUUGUUAUGGUUCUGAUAAUCCUAGUUACCUGGAUUGAAUAGUGGUUUAAUCUGUGAGGUGAUUUAGCUACAACAUAUCAUAAAGUGCUAUAUUUUUUGCUUUGUAUUGUCAUGACUACAGCUCUAUUAAUAAAUACCCAUACUCUUCCACAAAAUGUUGUACUCUCAAGCCAGCAUUUAAAUAAAAUUACAGCUGUACUUAUCAUUUACAGUUUCUUUUAGUGAUUAAAUCAAUUUUUUACAUAUAAGGUACUUGUGAAAAAACUUGCAACAGCUACUGAAGAUAAUCAAGAAAGUAACACUCGUCAUCUCACUCAGGAACAAGAAAAGUAAGAGUUUGAUGUCUUUAGCCUGGGUGAAGGACUCCUGUGUUAAGGGAACAGUAGCCUGUGUACAGACCCCCCUCCUCUCAGGAAAAAUCAGAGAAGGGACCCCUUCUCCAAUUUUUCUUUUCGCAUCUUUAACGGUGAUACUCUUUGAAUUUAUUUCAUAAUUCAGUGGUUAAUAUAAUUAUUCAUCAUUUCAUACUAAUCAUUAUUACACAGUAUAAGAAUUCCAGAGGAAAUUUAGGUGACAUCCUUUUUCAAAAUCUACCCUUUCUUUAUUCUUUAGAAUAUUAAGUGCUAUGAUUGGUUUUUCAAGAGUUUUCCAAGUCUUAGCGUCAUGCAAAAAGGUACUUGUAUACAUAGCCAAGAAAGUUGUAUCAAGGAUAUUGUGCUAAAUACAAUAAUAAUUUAUUACUUCAAGAGCACUAUUUACAAAAAGAGAUCAACAGUGCUAAUCGGCUCCUGGCAGCGCUUUACAAUCAAUGUUUCUAUUGUCUAUGAAAUAUGAAACAGUGAAUAGUAAUAAUACUGAUAAAAAUUAAACUCUUGAUAUGUGAAAACUCUUAACAAGAUAUAUACUAAUCCUAAAAUCUCUAAGUGAUGUUUAAAAAAUCAAAAUAGAUUUAUAUAAUUCACUACUCAAAAAAUUGCCUAAAAAGAAAUGUCUUAAGUUAGUUCUUAAAAAUUUCAAGAGAUUCGAUAGUGCUAGUGGAGCUCAAUAGACUUCAUAAAAUAAAAUUCAUUUAUUUCCUCAGUUUGUUUGCGCCAAGUGCUUUCAAAAAGGCCAAAACUUAACUCAUCAAUAGGUUAAUAUUGACUAUAGUAAUUUUCAUAAUUCACUAGCCUCUUGUAGGGCACAAUGUACUGACAGAUCUGAUGAUGACAUAUGAGAGGUUUUAUAAGCCAUUACCAGGUCAGUAACUAUAGAAGGCAAGAGAGAAUGAUCUAAGAGAUCGAAUCCCCAUACAUGACCCUCUUCCAAUGGAAAUUGUUUUAAAUCUAUUCUUAGUUCUGUGUCAUACUGCGUAGUUAUUUUAAGGACGCCACCUUACUGGUCGGUUAGAAUGGCGUCUUAUAAUUUUAAACUUGGCGGGUAAUUCAUUUUACUGCCGAUCACGCACACCAAGCGAUAUGACGUCAGGACUUGGUAUUACUUUCGCGGACGAGUGAAAUAAUUUCUACGCAGAAAAAUCUUGCCAGAGUAGCUGACGAGCAAAACGGUCCUGGCGUGCGAGAGUCGCCGGAAAAAGCGGUUCUGUCUUGUAGAAGAUUUCUGUUCUUUGAGGGUCUUGAAGGGUAUACACAGGAUUUGGGAAAACGCAAAAUUUCUUAACGGGAUACGGUAUUUGACCGCUACUCGGGAAGCGGGAUUCGCCAAAAUCUUGGCACAGGGUGUGGUGCUGGGAAAGAAAACGGUAUGAUGACAGAAGUUCGGGACGCGGGAUUAUUGUGAAAAAGGAGCGGGACUGCGGGAUCACUAUCAAACCUACCUUGGUACUGGGAGACUGGGGAGAGAAAUGGAGGGAACGGCCUCUUUUCCUCUCCCCAGAUUCCUUGCAGUUUUUCUGUGUUCUUUUUUCGAUACCUAAAGAAUCUAAGGGCCUAGGAGAGUCGUUACAUUUACUUACACAAAGCGACAAUUCUUGGUCAACCUCCCUUAGUGUCUUGAAUUUUGUUUUUCAAUGUAAAUUCAUGCACCUCUGUUGUUGUUUUACAGAAAGUUUACAAGACUUCAAAUCGGAGGUUCACAAAUUGUUUCCGCUGAUUUUCGAUACAAAGUUUCUCGCCUUCGAGAUAAGAAAAAAUCCAGUAAGUAAGUAAGUAGCUUCCCACGCAGGCGUUUUUAGGGGAGCUCGUUUUUCAUCCCUCCCCUUAAAACGCCUGCGUGGGAGGCUAGUAAGUAAGCUGAAAAACAGUAUAUCGUCUGAGAAUGUUGACAAGUGCGGGAAAGGGGACAAAAAACCCGAAGGGGUAAAAGAGUGUGGGGGACUCCCCCCGCUUUCACGCUUGCCACGCAGGCUACUUCCUGAUGUAACAAAAAACGUUCUGAACGCGCUGACAUUAGGAAAAGGGUUUUCUGCAGAUGUUGAACCGUGUAAUGUAAGGUAUAAAUUUGUAACCAAAACGACUUAAGACGUUAGCGAACGGGGAGGGCGAAACGCGCGUACUAGUUGCGAAGGCGAAAUGAGCGGUCACUAUUAAAAAAUAAGAGCUAGAAAAUCGGCCCUUGCGUUUGCAACUCCUACGUUUGAAAUGGGACACCACAAGUCUCAGGGGAAGGAAGAACAAUUUUUUUCCGCCGCGCUCUUCUUGCGUCUGCCUUGAACUUGUGUAAACAUCUGUUUUGCUUGCACUUAAGCGAGCCUUUGCGUUUGGGUCGCUCGUGUGAACCACUGUACCCAACCCAGAUCGUUUGUGUAUAUUUUACCGCAGGCUGUAUCCGAACGUAAUUUCCUUGAUGAUACAAACUUAGAAAAACUCCACGCUGCCCUUUCGAGGUAAGAUUUGUUCAAAAAUGUUUUCCCCUUAUUAGCUUUAGAUCCGACGCACUUUUUAUGUCUCGAAACUCUACCUUUGCAUCCCGGGUCCCCGAGCUUUGCAUUUCUUAGCCUGUUCCAGGCUCCGAGAUGGUGGUGGAAAGUCGUUCAGUGAUAAGAAAUGCGAAAAACGCGCGAGGGCUGGGGAGAGACAGGGCGUGAGCGUCUUAUUUUCGCUUUGCUCGUUUUAAUACGUUCCCACUGUACUAUCUGAGAGCCUGGCACAGGCUAUGCAUUUGUGAGAUGCCAAUGGUCUGCAAAUAUGACUUUAUUCAAAAUUACAUGUAUAAUAACAUUACAAGGCUUUGCCUAUAGUGUAAACAGGACUGUUUCAGGUUGGUCGCUUAACUCGUUCAAUCGUAAUAUCAAUACACAUGUUUUCCGCACAUGUCAGACAUUUCUCCAUAUAGUUCGAAUGCUACUUAAACGAGACUUCAUUUAAAAACCAAAACGUUGGUGACAUAUUUUAUCAUCGUUGUUAUAAAAACGCUCGAACAGUUUGUAUUAUAAACCCGAUAGUCCUGAAAUAGAAAUAACUCCAGCUGUGCACGAGGCGGGGGGGGGGGGGGGGGGGGGGGGGCGCCCCCUAAAAUGGCCUAUACAGGGGGGGAUCCUCCCAACAGGGGGACCUUUUUUAGGCCUCCGGAUUUGUCCAGGGAAGGGAUUUGGUUUGUUUAAGUUGGGGGAAGGGUUUGGAAACUGUUCCUUGUCGGCCCGAAAAGGACUGUAAAAUAAAGACAUUAGUAUGUUGAUCAUUAUACUCUAUAGCAAAAGAAAGAAGAUACAUUAGAAGUGAUAACAGAAACGAAAUAGUGACAAAAGGGGGGCGCGGGGGGGGGGGGGGGGGGGGGGGGGGGGGGGGGGGGGGGGGGGGAGGUACUCUCUAUAAUGGCCUAUACAGGGUGGAAUCCUCCCAACAGGGGUACCUUUUUCAGGCCUCAGGUAUAUGACAGGGUAGGGAUUUCGUUAGUUGAACUAUGUGAAAGGGUUUGGAAAUCUGUCAUUUCGGUCCGUAAAAGGACCUAUAAAGGCUACCAGACGCAUUUUAUGACUGUGAAAAAGUCGAGAAAACUUCGUGGUUUAGUUAUGUAUUCAUAGAAAUCAGUGCAUUUUACAGCGGUUAAAAGGGAUGCAGCCCUCAUAACUAGGCAUGUGAAGGGGGCACCAUUUAUCAACAACAACAACAACCCCAAAAGCUUUAUUUGCAUGACCAUAAAGGAAUUACAGUAUUGCAAAAGCUGUUAGUCUAAAUUUAAGUACUAAUUCAACUAAUUAGUACGUGCAAAACAUUACAAAACGUUACAGUUCUCAUUCAUUCAUUCAUUGAUAUUAAUUUGGUUCUUAAUUCGAAGCAUUGCGAGAUAAAUGAAACUAAUUGACAGGUAAUUAAAUAAUCAGAAGAAUUCAUAAGAAGAGAUAUUAAAGUAUUUAUCAAUAGAAGAUAUACGAAAUGGGUAUCUUUUCUGUAAAAGGGUAUAAGGGGUUGGAACUCGCAGCGGAGUCUUUCCGUUAAAACUUUGUUUAUCUCAUCAGCCGCCUUUUGGCUGGAUUAUUACCUUGUAUAUUUGCAAUUCUUGUUUUGCUUUUUUUUACAGCAAAGAUGCACAAUACUUUGUACUGUAUACGCCCUCAAUACCACUUUCAGAAAAAUGUUACAGAUAUCGUAAGUAUACUGGCCACAUCCGUCCUAACUGGACCAAUGGGGUAUGCUGGUUACUGUACCUCAGAUUUUGAAUUUGUUAUGUGGCUGUAGGAGCUAGCUAGCGAAUUCAGUAGUCUCUCCUCGCUCCUUGUCCCUCGAGAGACGUUUCGCCGUCUCUCCCUCGCAGGGGUUUCAAUAAGCACCGACGACCGACAAAACACGUCGGCUACUUUGCUCAGAGAAGUCGGCAACUUUUUUCUUUUACAUUGGAAGCUGGAAAUAAAGUAUUAAAUUAAAGAAAAAAUUCUGUCAAAACUUAUAUUAAAAUUCAAUUUCCUGGACCUAGACAGACUUUUUGCUUCAGAUUUAAAAUAUUUAAGAAAAAUUAAGGACUUCAUGUGCAUUACUUGUCCAACUUGAUCCAAAACACAUUAUCUUUUGUACUAAAUUUAGCGUCCAGAACGCUGGAAAUUGCAUUUUAGGGCAUUGAUAGUUUGAAAUUUUCAAGGGGUGUAAGCCCCCAGACCCCUCUAGAAGAAGGGAAGUGAAAGCCUCUUUUUGAUAUAGUCGGUUACGGACUUUUUUCAAACCUGCUGUCUACUUCAAUUUUUAUUGAAACCCCUGCCUCGAAACAUCCCUGUGGCGAGGAGCGAGGACAGACGGCUGUAUUCGCAGGCCACUGUAGGAGCUUGUGCAAAAUGAUGUUCGACUUUCUCUUUGCGUUUUAGUUGAAGAGAAAAUGCCUCAUGAAGCCGGCUACGAUUCAUUUCUGUCCGGUUUUGGUAAGUAACAACAACAAAACUAUGCUCUAUCACGCAGAAAGUAAAUACAACCCCAAGAAGAGAACUAAGGCUAUCAUGUUCACACUCAAUGCCGGAUAGCUUUUCGUUUCGGCUCAAAAGGUAUCCGGUAUAGCAUGAACACCUAGACGAUAUGUCGAUUCUCCGCUUUAGAGAUCGGCGCGGGGUAGACUACGAGUAGUCCCCCAUUUUUCCUCAGGGAUAGAAGAGCGAGCGAAACGCGAGGGCGCGUGAAAAUCACCCCACGCGAGAAAAGGCGACACGCGGCGUGUCGCCUUUUCUCGCGUGGGGUGAUUUUCACGCGCCCUCGCGUUUCGCUCGCUCUACUAUCACUGAGAAAAAAUGGGGGACUACUCGUAGUCUAGGCGCGGCGCAGUUUCGCUGCGUUACAGAAAUCGCGUCGAAAUCACCGUUCUUAUGUAUGAACAGAAACCCUAUCUGGUAUGGGUUUCGCGCCGGCGCAAAAGCUAUCCGGUAUAAUGUAAACAUAGCCUAAGUAAGGUAACUUCAGUUUAAUCCUUUAAACCCUAAGAUCAAAAUUUGAAUUCUCACUUGUUGCCCCUAUUCAUUUCCUACAGAAGUAGUGGGGAGAAGUUGAUAAAAUAUCAAGCAAAUUCAUCUUGUGUGAUCAUGUCCUUAAUUCUCAUGACCACUCUGUUUUACAAAGCAUUGAUAUUACAAGGAGAAGUUUGAUGCUGAUCUUUCUUAGGGCUUAAAGGGUUAAUGACUGAUAAUAUUAGUUAAUGUUAAUAUUUGUGAUACAACUUAUAUCGAAAAUAUUACUAGUUAAAAGCUGGAGAAAGAGAAAAUCCUAAACAUAGAGAUAUAUGAUAUUAGUACUUUGAGUGCUCUUGAGACGGCAUACGUUUUUUGCGAUCUCUGACUUUUCGUAUGAAAAUUAAAUUUAAAUAAAAUCUUGAAAUUCGGAGAUGAAUAAAUUACUAAAAAAAGUCCAUUUCCCGAGAUUGGAAUGUUCAACAUAAAAGGUCCUGUAAAAAUACAAUUUUAUUACCAGGGCUUUUGAAAAAACCCUGGGGUCAAACUUGUUUUAAAAGAUACAGUGCAUUGCAGUGGCGGACUCAGGAAUAAGGUUCGGGGGUUCCAAACCCUCCUUCCUCUCCCUUCCAUAAAUAAACCCGUCAAACCAGGGGUCAAAGUUGUUACUUACAGAGCAUUACAGUGGCGUAUCCAGGAAUACGGUUCGGGGGCUCCGAACCCUCCCUCCUCUAAAACUAAAAUUAUGGUAGCGUUUUUCCUGACACUAUCAUGAUAAAACUCUAUCCUGUGAACAUUCGAAAGAAGGACUUUGACAACACGUCGGUCCAGCUUUAAGACAACAUGUCAUCUCAGACCUCUUUCUCUAAGAGUACGGAUUGUAGGUUACGUAUUAAUAAUCUAAAUGCAAGAAAUGAGCACGUUUGUUUGAAAAUUACUACUAUCCGCUAUAGAUUAAGCUUGUAUCAGUUGUAUCAAAUGACUAUUUUACACGAUUUUCUUUAAUUUUAUUUUGAACAGUUUUUUUGAGAAUGGCACAUAUUCUGGCUUAUAAAUCAUCAAGGUAAUCCCUGAUAUCAAAAAACCACAAACCUGUUUAAUGAACUGAGAUAUAUAGCCAGAAAAUCGUAAGUUAUUAGUUUCUAAUAUGGCUAAAUUACAUGUACAUUGGUAGUUUAAGUAACUACUUUACAUUUUAGUCCAACGUAAACCCCUCGCUACCCUGCAAGCAGUUUUUACUCCAGGCCGGUUGCGUCCGGCCUCAGUGGAGAAACCACUGCUCAGAGGGGUAACCCUGCGCUGUCGCUAAAUAACAAAUAUACAGUUAAGGCCAGAAUGGCUGCAUCGUGUAGCAAGAGCAGUCCCAUAGUGCAAUUCGGUACAACAACGACCAAGUCGAUCUCACUCGCAGACUCAAACUGGCCCAUACGAGAAGGAAACUGGGCUGAGUUAAAUUUCGCAAUGAAUUCUGGGACUGUUACUAGGGACAUUAGGGGAAAAUAAGCCAAUAGCUGGCCAGCGCAUCCCCAGUAACGAUCCCAGAAGUACUUGCAGGAUUCACUUUGGCUCCAGUCCCUUUCUCGUUUAAAGCGAAUGAAUUGCGUAGCAAACGUUUUCGUUCGGUUUUGGAACAAAUAACGAGACCGGCUAAAACCGAAAAUCCCGUUCCUCGGUCUUUCUUUGCUCCGAAACCAAACAGAAACGCUUGCUUCGCAGACUAGCGCAUACACAAAUAAAUGGAUGGAUGAAAAAUGUUUUGGUUGGUUAUUUGGGUGAGUGGGUGGGUGGUUAUAUGCAUUACUUUGUGUGCGUAUAAAUAGGCACCGCAUUCGACCAUAACGCUCGAUGAGAACAGAUUCCGAGUGGAACUUUACUACUCCCACCUGACUUGAUUUUUAUGUCUUUUUGCCACAGGUCUCCAACUGGACCUCUCCCUUUCUCAAAAUUUCGUCGCGUGUUAAAUCCGUUUGAAAAUCUCGUUCAUCUUAGCAGGGCAACAGUUCAGCAUGUGGUAUGUUUCUAAAAAAAUAUAGAAAUUAUAGUUUCAAUGCUAGCAUUGAAAUCUUGCUUUUUUUUUCUACAAAUACAAAUUGCUUUAUUCUACACAGAAUCUGACUGGCCCAGAACCUCCCUCCAUUCGUCCGCAAUGGCUUUACAUCACUUCUAAGAUAACAACAAGACCACUUGUUGCUAGAUCGGUAAGUUGUCCUUUCAGUAAACAAAAUCCUUUCUAAUUUCGUCCUUACUUAUUUGAUAAAGCAGGUUAAAUAUACAAGGCAGCUUGGAAACCGUAGCAAACCUGCCUUAGCAGUACACUUAUAGACGCACAGGUGCUCAAGGUUGAACAUCCCACCGGUGUCGGUCUACGUUCUCCUACUCUUUGUGAACAGCAGUAUGGUUUUCUUUACAUGCUACAAGAGUCAGGAGUGCCGUGAGACGGGGCCUACGGGUUUUUGUCCUUAUCCGAAAAGGCUAGAAUUUCUAACCAUUUGUAUAUGUUAGAGCAAAGGCAGCACAUUUUCCUCAGUUAGUUUAAGACUCCAUAGUGUCGGUCCGGCCGGGCUCUGAAGUUUAAUACCAAAUCACAUAUAUUGCAAACUGGCAAGAGCACGGCGACAAAACCAAGCCACCCCACCCCCUGGCGCUCCACUUUGGCACGUGCUUCAGUCCGUGGUUCAUCAAAUAAAGUAUGAAUAAACAGAUGACGGUGAACACUGAGUUAUAACUUACAUAGUAGGUGCACCAGUUAUUUAGCGCGCAAAUAAGAAGGGCGGUGCUGUUCGCGUGAGAAGAGGAGGCGCGCGAGGAGAGAGAAACUUCGCCGUCCUCGCGCGCAUCACUAAGUUCACCGCAUGAAUCUCUCUCGCGCGCGUGCAUCACUUAUCUCGCACCCUUUACUUCUGAUGCGCCUGCUACACAGGCUAGUGAACAUUCAGUGAAUAAACAAGUAACCCCGUUACUGAAGCUAGUCUGGCAAAGAUUAGUCCCUCAAAGUAAAGGGCUCAGAAAUAUUCAUGACAAUGACGAAAUACGUUUUUUGAAUUCUGUCUUGUAGGUGGCUCAAGAGUUCGCGGGUUUUGGUUCCGUGGACGUAAAAAUUUUGGACUCGCAGCACGCGCUGGUCGCUCUUGCUCAACACAGAAGGUGAUCGCAAAUGUUUAUUGACCUUAAUUUUGAUAGCCACCUUCAGAUCGUGAACGUGUAGGAGCUUUUUGGGAUGCAAUAGACGUACAGAUUAGUGAUCUCUUUAACGCCUACGAACUGGAUAUGAAAAAGGCGUACUCUGUUUGCCCCUGGUCGUAAAAUUUUUUCUCAGGUGUUUUGCGCGUGCUCUUAUAUCACCGCCAAUUCUUUCCCUUUUUCGUUGCCGCUUGCUAAGCAGUCUAGGUUAUUACUAUUUAGUUUGAAAACAACUGUGAUAAGUAUUUAACCAUUUUCCUUUCGUCUCGUAGGGCCAAAGAUGUUUUAAGUAAAUUUAUGGGCCACAAAACGCUCAGUGUGCGGCCGUACAACGCUUGGCUGGAUUCUCCCGAGAUAAAAAUAACGCUUUGGUGAGUGUGUAGCUCUGCGACGUGCCAGUUUUAAAGAGACUUAUGGUUUAUAUGUCUGGCUGGCUUUCAAAAAAGACUCUUCGCGGCGAAAACAGCCGUGCCCUAAUACUUGGUAGUUGUUCACUUGUCAAUCACUCUAAAUCCUUUUGAUUAGUUAGAGUUAUUGUUUUCCUGCGGCCUGGAAACUGCACGCAUAAUAAUUUACAAUGCACCAACCUAUAAAAAAAGCUCACAUUGAGUUUCAUCUUAAAUAUAGUUAUACACCAAUGUGUACGAUGAUUUUGUGGACGUGAUGGCAAAAAAUUCGUUUGUAAUGAACGCAAAACAGUCUGAAUCGGAACGUGAGGCGAAUAACAUUUUGCGAUAUUUUUAAACCUUCAGCUGCUAUCUUCAAAUGCCAUUAUUCCGGCAAACUUGCCUGAUUUGUAUUUUUAAUAUGAUAGAACACUUUUGUUUUUGCGUAAUUUACUAUGUAUAUUGAGGAAGCCGCCGACACAUUUUCUUCUUCCCUGCAGGUGCGGCGGAACAGCUCUUUUCGUCUCAGGUGUUGCAAUAUUUUUAUGGAAAUCCUCCAGAUAACAAGCCAUGUUCAUCAGUCUGAAACGUUCAAAAAUAAACAUUCUUUUUUCUUUUAUAUGCUUCCUCAAAUUUAAUUUUUUCGUAAAAUAAUGUUUGUCAGGAUAAGCGUGCGUGUGGCUAGCUUUUAACUUUUUGAAGUCCCCGCAUGAAAUAUUUUAAAGCGCGAAUAAAAGGUAUGAAAGAGAACUCUUCUGAUGUACUGAAGUAGGUAGCAAUAAGGCGAGUGACGACGUCGCAAAUGCGAGCGACGAAGUGUCCCCUAACGUUUUGUAAAUCGUGUUGUAACAAUCACGGACCUUUAAAAAAGCCUAAAUGAAAACUUUUGUAUUUUGCAAACUUUGCUCUGUUAGUUCCGUUGCGCUGCGCUAGUGAUUCCCAGCUCGGAGUUUGCAAGUAUGCAAUGUUGUUCUGUGAUUAAUGUGCGCUCCCGUUUAUUUUUUAGUAUUUUGCCAAAAUUGUUUUAAUUUUGAAACCUGGUGUAAGGGCAGUAUGGCAAAAUAAGCUGAUCCCUUUUGCGGAAAAAGGGAGGACGGACAGAGGGCGGCGACGAAUAUAUCAAGAAUCAAAUCGGACUGGAGGAUUGUAUUUAGCUCACAGGUGGAUCGUUGUCGUAAAUUUGGUCGAUUACAGGGAGUGCACUUUCCAGAAAAUGUAUACUUUAUAAAAUCCUUUUUUACGGAGAUUUUUUUAUAAAAUAAACAAAUAAGUAAGUAAAUGAAUAAAAUCUCCGAUAACUUUCGUUAUCAUAUGCAUCGACAAUGUUUUCUUCCGAACACAAAUUACUUGUUUAUUUGUGUCGGUGAAUAUUUAUAAUUAUCACAAUCGUGCAUGAGCACUGUAGAUAAAGCAGUUGAGUGAUAAUUUAAGAUAAUCAUAAUCUUUUCGAUAAUCUAGUGAACCUAUGUAUUUAAAACAAUGAGAAAAAACCUUAAGAAAUCAAGCUUGUUCAGGAUAUUUUUGUUCGGAAAGUGCAUAUAGGCACCUUAAAAUUUAGGCCUUGAUCAUCUUUUUUCUCCAUUUUUAUGUUUUGCUCAUCUUGAAGGCAAUAAACAUCACCAUUUUUUUAAUUUGUUUUGUUUGUUUUUUGUUUUUUUUGCUUUGUUUUUCUUUUUCUGCAGUUUUAAAUCCAAAAAUUAAAGAAAUUUAGGCUUGAAUGGGGUUUCUUUCAGUCUUUCUUAUUUUGCCAAUUCGGGACUUGGCUAGACGUUAAUUGAAGCAAGAACGCUUUAUGCUGCGAGUCCUUUUCACUUCCUGAAGUCUUAAAUUAUCACCCCUUUGCUUAAGUGAACAAUCUAUUUGUCGUGUUCGUGCAAUAUGUUUCUUUAAAGUGUGAAUUAACAGCUAAGAAUUAGGAAAUUGCAUGCAGUAGUUUUGUACCAACAAUACUGUGACAAGCCAUGUUGAUUGUUUCCUUUUAAAUUCAGCAAAAGUAAUUUCCAUAUUAUUGUUUUCCGGUACUUAGCUAAACCAAUCAGAUGAUUCUUGCGCCAACUUAUUGAAGAGAAGAAUCAAUAAUGUAAUACCUUGACGAGGGUCCAAGCGGCUUAUUAACAUAAAAUAUGUCAGUUUGUGUUUCUAAGACUAAAAAUAAUGGAGGCCCUCGCUGAAGGCCUCGACGACGAUAGCGACUCAGCUGAAAACCGCUUGCUAAAAAGCGGAGACUCUCCUUGCGUUUGUAGCAAGACCUGGGAGAAGGAUUUAGUCUGUGGAUGGACGCCUUCCCUGGCGAAAAAAAUCUCGCGUUCGAAGCCAACGAAAACACACGCGUCGUUUAGCAACGUAAGGAAGGAGAGAAAAUGCUCCAUGACCGAAUGUGGAUUUGUGUUUCGACAUUAUGAGAGGACAGGGCGCUACAUAGAACAGUAUCGAGAAAAUCAUAGCAGCGCGUUUUUGGAAACGGAGGCCGAGUGGAGGCCAGUGAUGGGUGUCGAUGUUCCGGACCCUUACUUGCCCAAGAUCGCCAGCUCCAGGUGAGUCAGUACUAUUAACAUCGUAUUUUGAUUGUUUUGCGUGGUUUUUAAACCAGUUUAAGGGAUGCUCUGCUUGAGGAGAAUAUUUGUUUAAAAAUAGGAUAUCAUAUAAGGCCCAAUUCAUUGAGAAAUUUUAGAGGUAAGACUGCUUAAAGAGACCAAUUUAUUUUGAAGAAACUGCCUUAAAGUGUUUGGUCUCCUAUGGGCAAUCCAAGUCAAGCUGAUUGAUCGGUGUCAAGUUUAUUUGAAUUUUCCACAAAAUACUCCUUAAAUCGAAGAUUGCAGAAACUAGAAGGUAGGCCGAUCGCUUAGAACGAUAGUAAUGCCCUAAAUCAAAGAAUAAAAUCGUACUUUGCGAAAAAUUACAGACUGUUUUCGUUUGUUUUAUUAGAAAUUAUAGUUGUCAAAUUAAUGAUAUAGCCAUUUGACAUAAUGUCUUGUUUACUCUACAUACACGGAUGUAUUGACGGGGAAGACGUUGCCCGAGGGUUUCGACCGAAAAGUCAGACAAAGCAAAAUAUUUGGAGCAUAAUUUCAAUAACAUUGUUGCAAACGUUCGUUCUCGGUAUUGCCUGAUAUUGCUAGCCUAUGUACAGACGUCCCCCCUUCCUCAGGUCUGUACACAGGCUAGAUAUUGCGUGUUGAAUUUUUCAGGAUGAACAGUUUUCCGUUGUACUGGUAAACACUCGCGUGAACACAAGAUUUGCCAUUUUAAAGAUCGGAGUGUUGAGUGCUUCAGCCAAAUGGUUUGACCCAUUUCUUAGUGGUCGGCGAUGCGAGAUGCAUCGUAUAAAUUUGAAGAUAGCACGGUAUUUCUGUCGAAUUCUUGCGCAAUAUUGGUUCGCCUUUUCAAACGAGCACGCGCUACAACAUCCUCGGAGACCCAGGAGCAGAUAGUGGGGGCGAGGGGAAGUCUAAACGGGCGGAAAAAUAAAGUACCCGAAGAAAAGUAAAGAACGGAGGGAAGAGCUCUUCUCGCCGUUCUUUACUUUUCUUCGUGCCUUAUUUUCCCGCCCGUUUAGACUUUCCCUCGCCCCCACUAUCUGCCCCUGGGUCUCCGAGGAUGGCGCUACAAUGAAAUUAGUGUAUUUGUUACGCCAUUCUACCAAAACCUCUGUGAAUGUUUUUCUUUUCCUCUUCUCAAAAAGGACGUCCCAUCGAUUUCUCGGUUUUGGCUUGACAAAUUAAAUAACGAACUUCAUGCCACUAAUCCCUGCUAGCAGAGGUCUCUCACGACGAGGCAAAAAUGAGAGGAAGGAGACAGACUCUCUUUGACUCCUGUCUCUCAUUUAUGCCUAGUCGUGAGAGACCUCUGCUAGCAGCGAAAUGCCACUAUUACUGCGUUAAAAAGUAGAAAUAAGGUUAGUUGUUAGCUAAUUAAGGGAAAAAAUCCCAUCACUUGUGUUCGUUCGCAUAUAUGUAAAUGUAGGAAAACUCCUAGCCAAGGAAAUCGCGUCAAUACUUCAGAUCAGGUACUUAGAUCAGUUCCGCAGAAAAUUUAUACAUUAUCAGCGAGUAUACAGACACGUGUAUAAACUAAACUCUCUUCGUGUUUUUUAACGCCGAACGCGUAGUAGAAACGAGUAAUACUAUUUGAAAGAGCUGGCUAAGUGACAUCUACUUUGGUUAAAAAGAGGAACGAUUCUAUAACACAUCUUUCCAACCACAGUUCCGUGCAGGUAAUUAGAUGUAUUUUUUAUCACCAUUCUCACUUUCUGUUUUUGGCUUAUGUUGAGCUAAAUUUCAAGUUUCAAUUACCUAGUUUUCGAGACGUCUCCGUAGACUUAAUUUGAUUUUAUUCAGUAAUGACGAGUUAGUUUACUUAAGCCAUUUUUAAAGGUGUUUUUCGCAGUUAACGUUUGUCAGCAAUACGCCUACAGUCACGGUAUGAAUUCAUAUGCUCAAGUGGCUUAAAAAGAUUUUUGUAACUCGUCAAGAUCUAAAUCGCAGUAACCACGAUUGCUCGAGAAUUUUUGUAGUCUUUUGGGAUCAACGGCAUCUGAGCUUGAUCUGAUUUCAACAGCAACCCUGUUAAAAACCAAAACCAUUUUAAAAAGUGUACACAGUUUCACUCUUCCCAGUGUGCGGUUUAUUUCAGCUCUUGGUUGUCCCUUGGAGCGCCUGUUUACUGGGCUGUUUAAAACCUACAUCUCCUGGCUUUCCUGUCACACUUUAAUGGGUUCGGUUUUCAUAUGCCUGCUAGAACAAGCCUCCCCUAGCCGAUAAAUCAGCUUAAGACAAACUUCUAUGGUCGACAAUUAUACGAUGACUUCUUUCCGGGUAGAAAAGAAAGAUGAAUAAGACAGACGCUCUAAACAGAGAUCUUGCAAUAUAAAAUUUACAUGGCACGUCUUUCUGUACGUUUCUUCACACACAUCCGUUUGAUUUCAGGGAUCGAAAGUAAGCCAGUAUUUGCUAUUGGCUUACACUACUGACUUAAAUUGUUCUCUUUGUUUUCCUGCCUUAGCCAAACCUUUGACCGAGUGAAGUUUAUCGAGGCCAUGUCAGAUUACUACAAAGUUGCUGCUAUGAGAAGGCAAGUACACUCCUAUUAGUAUAACUAUCAUGGGAGAGUCGCCCGGCAAAGGCGUGGCUAAAAAUUUCCUGAGUAGAGGUAUGGGAGUCUCCAAAUCAACCCUACUCCUUCUCUCAAAUACUUUUAACGCAGGUGGCUCGAUAAAAUUUCUACUUUUUAUCAGUACUGAAGUAAUCAUUUUAAAAACCGUGUUCUUGAGGCAAUUACCAAUAAAUACAGCUUGCGCGUCUGGCGAAAUCGGGAAAACACAGUAUUUUGUUAUAAAAAAAAAAGCUAUCUGAAAAAAGGUAAACGGACGGUUACUUAGGCAAUUGCAUCAGUUAUUUCAGUUAUAUUCGACAUUUUUCACGCACGCGUAUGCGCAGUAACAUACGGGUAGCUACGCCCCUAGCCCCAACUAGAUCCUUGUUUGUGUUUGAUACAGCGUCAGAAGUGUCUCCCUCGCGCGCCCUGUUCUUUCUUGUGCCCAUUACUUUGAAGCGUCUGCUACGCAGUUUGCGUCAGAAGAAACCUUUUCCACAGGUCAUCAAGCUUGCAAAACAGACGUAUUUUCCUCCAAUAAUGUUUUAACUGUAGGCCACUGGUCGCCGUUGUAAGUUUACCCUACUUUAAACGAAAACGCCAUGAACCUCUUUCUCGCAGUUUUUCCAAAAAGCUUUUGGUUGCGCGCGCUAAGCUACCGUCGACCUGAAACUAUUUUGGGAUAAAAAAGGAUGACCCAUUAUUUUUUUUAUAUUCAACUGAUGUAAGAUUUGAAUUUCUAAUUUUCUGCCUUACAUUGUGCAGUGACCUUCAGAACAUCUGUCUCACGGGUAAAAGAACAGAGAGCGGUGACCGCAAAACGAUCUCGAUGAAUAACGGCGCAAAACUGAGCAAAGAAGGAUUACCGUUUAUUGUUACAUCUUCUAACGGCAAGAAAGUUUCACAGAAACCUGAAUGUAAAAAACAGUCAACUACAGUAGAGGAAGAAAGAACUGAUGUUAGGAACAAUCGCGAAGAUCUUAUUCGGACCGCGCCGGAGCUAACGGAAGACAGUGUUUUGCCAUCUGUACCGUCUAAACCGGAUUUACCGCAUCAUGAACAGGAUGAACCAGUUUUUUUCUACUCAGGUGGUUUUCAACCCAAGAGUGAAACUAAGCGGAUUGAAAAAGAAAGAAUUCGUCUUCCGAAAUUUCAAUGGACAGAAUGCUAUGUUAAAAAGGUACCUAGGGGGACGAACAUCGCAACUGCAAAGGUGCCGGAAAAAACCCAGCGUAAUCCGGUGGUAGAAAACUUUCACAGCAGUGACAGCGAUGAGAGCUUUAAUCGGCCACUGGUCUCUCGAGGAAAUCUCCGUCUGGGAAGCACAGUUCAGUCUCCCAAAUUAAAAUCGAAACCCGCUCGUGUAGCUGUCGGUAAAUGCGAAGUAUUUAGCUCGGAACCCCCGAGCACCGCCGAGCGCGCACGGGAAUCAUAUCAGGGAGGAAUAAAGCUUCCCAGUGAAACAGCAUUUAUUCAAAUCCUCGGACAACAAACGGGACCACCACCCAAAGCUGCAAGUCAAAACAGAUCCAAAGAGAUUAAUAAAAGGAGACCAAGAACGGAGGAGAAAACCUUUGUCAAACAAAACAUGCCUCUACAAUAUCUGACUCGCUUUGGUAGAAGGAGCUUUCAUCAUAUUUUAGAGGCUCGUUCCUUCAAGCCUGGUUAGAAGAAACUAAGAGCUACUGCUCUAGUAGACUUUCACAAUCAGGGAAAAUCCGUCACCCUUGGUCUUCUCUGCUUACUCCUUCCCCACACCUUAUCCUCGUUCCUAGUUAGCCUCGAUUUCAAGGUCUAGGGAAACUGAAAAGAGCUAACUUGAGAGCGAGGUUGUUCCCCGCCUGACGGUCAAGCUAAGCAAGUUCUCUAAGUAAGCUCAUAAAGGACUCCUUCACAUCAUACUCAAUCAGAACAAGUUUACUGCAAGUAUAAUAAUAGCCUACGUUGUUGCUUAUUCUUGAUUUAUCUCCUAUCGUAUAUAUUUUUCAUUAUGCCGAGGCAAGCAGAACGCAGGACAAGCGCAAACACGAGAGUCUUGUGUCAAGAUAGUAAAAACGAACAUAGAUACAGAAUGGUUCCGUUUUCUGUGAAAGCAGUGGAAAAAAUUCAUAGGGUAACUGGCGAGUGAUGUGAUAAACAUACUUGCUAGCAAAUAAAUACUUUCGUGUGCAUCACAGCAGACGCUUUAAGAAAUUAACCUGAAACAUAAGGCCCAUAUUAGAAGAACUAUAGUAAAAUCAUUGCUAUGUGAUAUAUAAUAUAUAGGCCAUUAGGUUGUCAAGUUCUGUAUCAUAAAAUUUACGAUACGAUCGCUCACUGACGAUAAUCUUUUUCAUAAUCAACACGAUUGAAAGCUAUGUGUAUAUCUAUCAAUUAACUCCCAGUUUUAGCCUCUUAGUGGCCAAAACUUGAAAGCACAAAUCACA